CCUGCCCAUGGUAGGGGGUGGAAUGAGAUAUCUUUAAGGUCCCUUCCCACUCACACCAUUCUUGAUGAGAAGAAGGUCACAAGUCUGUAGGAAACCCUGAAAAUAGUUCCCCCAUUCCUGACACAGUUCUGUGCUCUGGGCUUGCCAAUGCAUCCGCUCAGUGAGAAAACUGGCACUUUGUCUUGAGCCCAUAAAUAUAGCAAUUAAAUAAUGAUUAAGAAAUACCCUGAGGCUCAGAGAUGGACCAGCUCCCCAGUCUUCAUGCAUGAGAAUACAGAUUUGGGGUUUGGAGGAGCCCAGGGUUGGUGGAUGGAGGGUGUGGGAAUGCAGUGAGCCCGCGAGCCUGGCUCGCUCCUGCACUCAGCAAGGUUUGUGAUAAUGCUUCUCUUUCCUCAUACACUGUCCGAGUUAGUGAAGAACAACAUUAAAUCUUUUCCUUGUUUUCCACAAAAUGCUGCUGCACUGAAAAUGGGAAUGUGAACUGCAGGGCGCUGACCAGUCCAGAGAACAUCUUAUGGAUUUUGUGAGGACAAAAGGGCCACGUGAAUUCUGAUUUAGAAGCCAAGAUGGAGGUGUUAAUGCCUGAACCUCAGAUUUAUGUGGAAAAGACUCUAGCUAUCAUCAAACCUGAUGUCAUUCAUAAAGAAGAAGAAAUAGAGGAUAUCAUUCUCCGAUCAGGAUUCACGAUUGUUCAGAAACGAAGGCUCCAGUUAAGCCCAGAGCAAUGUAGCAACUUCUAUGCAGACCAGUUUGGGAAAGUGUUUUUUCCUAAUUUAACAGCCUAUAUGAGUUCUGGCCCUUUAGUUGCUAUGGUUCUUGCCAGACAUUGUGCAAUCUCACACUGGAAGGAAUUGCUUGGACCAUCCAACAGCCUGAGAGCUAGGAUAACUCACCCUCACAGACUCCAGAGACCUGGAAGGGAUUUGCAGUUGCCCUCCAAGCAGUUAUUUUUCUUGGUUUUUAGCUUAAGAGCACUCUAUGGGACUGAUGAGCUGAGGAAUGGGCUUCAUGGCAGUCUCAGCGUUUCCUCAGCAGAGAGAGAGAUUCGAUUCAUGUUUCCAGAAGCGAUCCUGGAGCCAGUUCCCACUGGACAAAGAGCAAGGGAUUACUUGAACCUGUAUGUGAAGCCAACAUUGCUGGCUGGGCUCACUGCCCUGUGCAAAAAGAAGCCAGCAGACCCGAUGACAAGAAGGUUUGGCAAGAUGCUGAGAGCUUCCACAGCCCAGGCGGGAACGGGGCAGUCUGGCAGACAGCUUGUGAGGGGGGCCAGCUGACACCUGGCUUCCCGG